AUGGUUGCAGAAGAGCCUGUUCUGCUCCAGGAUGCUGCUUAUUCCCACGAAGAGCAACUUCUCUUGGCAGAGGCCUUGCUGCAGGAGACCACCCACGAUGAAGUGCAGUCGAGCCAGCGCACCCGGCGCACCGACAUGGUUUCGACGGACUUCAUGACAACGCUUUCUGCACAGGUUGACUCCUUGCUGCUACAGUCUGCUGCGCUCAAUGAUGUCAACUCCAUCCGCAGGACCACAUCUGCAGAGAGCUCCAAAGCAUCGCCGGCACAAUCACCAGGUGCGGUCAGCUUCAGCAGCUCACCAAGCAGUCCAUCUACAAAUCGACAGUGGUCAAUCAAAAGGCCGCAGGGUCACCAACUUGGUUCGCACUACACACUCUUCGGGCCUCCUCCGCGAAGCCAACAGAGGUCUCCGACACGCGCGCAAAGCCCACCUAUGGCAACAUACGAGCGCAACGUCGAGUUCAUAAAGCAGAGGCAAGCCAAACUGGAAACUGCACAAAAGCAAAAGGAUGAGCAGGAGACCCAGAUGUUGGCCUCGCCCAGCAUCACUGCAGAGUCACGCAAGCUAGUUGGAGCAGGCUACGCCCCGCCGUGGAGCCGAAAAGAAGACGUUACACGGUCCGUGAUCCGCAAUCGCAAGGUGACAGAGUCUGUCAAUGCCAAGAAGGAAGUGGAAGCAGCUGAGCACACCUUUCAACCGAAAAUCAACAAGCGCAGCAAGGCAAUCUUCAGACACGUACUCGAUGCUGGGGAGCCCUGGCAUGACCGUGUUCACCAGAGACAGAAGGGGCGAAAGACGCACGCAGAAGAGCCCAGCUUCCGGCCGCGGAUUUCCCGCAAAGCACAGCUGCUCCAACGCGAAGGUGAUGUCACGGAGCGCCUCUGCAGGCGCGAAGCCAAGGCACUCGAGCCACAGAAUCCGCAGAAGAUGAGAGCAAUGCAACGACGGAUGUUGGCGCAAGAGCUUGAACAGAUCGAGGGCCUGCAGGUGAAGGAAGCGGAUGAGCUUGCAGUCCUGGAGGAGUUGGCCAGAAAGUUUCUAACAUGUCACCUGGCGAUGAAAAUGAGUGAUGUUCUUGUGAUGUGCUGCUUCUGCUGUGUUUCUUUUGACACGGGCCAGUUUCCGCAUCACCUGGUCUCCUGGUCCCCUCGUCUCCGUGUCCUAUGGUCUGGAGGUCCUCUGGUCUUUUGA